CUCUCUCAUUAGCUUUCAUGUCUCCUCCUAGGGUUUGUUCCGGUGCCACCAUGGCUGUUGCCCUAGUGCUAAUGGUGGCAAUGAGCACGGUGAUUCUCGCACCUCAUCAAACUGAGGCAGCUCGCGCUUUCUUUGUUUUCGGAGACUCUCUUGUGGACAACGGAAACAACAAUUACUUGGCCACCACCGCUCGUGCCGAUUCUCCUCCCUACGGCAUUGAUUUCCCUACCCACCACCCCACCGGCCGCUUCUCCAACGGCUUAAACCUCCCUGACCUCAUCAGUGAGCAAAUAGGAUCGGAGCUAGUCUUGCCAUAUUUGAGCAGUGAGCUCACCGGACAAAAGAUGCUUAUUGGUGCUAACUUUGCUUCUGCUGGAAUUGGAAUCCUCAAUGAUACAGGGGUUCAAUUUAUCAACAUAAUAAGGAUCUUCAGCCAGUUUGAGAUGUUCCAGCAAUACCAGCAACGAGUGAGUGCCCUAAUCGGAGCAGCGCAAGUCAAGAGGCUGGUAAACGACGCUCUUGUCCUCAUAACUCUCGGUGGCAAUGACUUCGUCAACAACUACUUCUUGGUACCCUUCUCUGCAAGAUCACGCCAGUACUCAAUCCCUCAGUACUCCCAGUACCUCAUCUCCGAGUACCGCAAGAUUCUCCUGAGGCUAUUUGAAUUAGGAGGGAGAAGGGUGUUGGUGACCGGUACAGGCCCAUUAGGCUGUGUUCCCGCCGCUAUGGCCCAGAGGAGUAGGAAUGGUGAAUGUGCACCAGAGCUCCAGAGGGCAGCAGCCAUCUUCAAUCCCCUGCUUGUCCAGAUGGUUCAGGGACUCAACGCUCAGCUUGGUACUGAUGCUUUCGUUGCUGCUAAUGCUUUUGCAAAUGUGGAGUUCCUCAGUAACCCCCGGAAAUAUGGCUUUGUUACGUCAAAGGUGGCUUGUUGCGGGCAAGGACCGUACAAUGGGUUGGGACUAUGUACCCCAUUGUCGAAUCUGUGCUCCAACCGGGAUGUGUAUGCGUUUUGGGAUCCUUUCCAUCCAUCUGAGCGGGCGAACCGGCUGAUUGUGCAGACGAUCAUAACCGGGUCUAGCAAGUACAUGAGCCCUAUGAACCUAAGCACCAUCAUGGCCAUGGACUCCGGGAAUAACUAGGCUGUUAGCUAGAUAGGCACUCAUCAGCUGCCUGCUAGCUUCUUCUAUGACUUAUGUGGCUUCUUAGGCUAGCCCCCUUAAUUUAUAGUAAGAUUGGUGUGUUUUCUCUUUGUGAUGUUCCUGUAAUGCUUCUUCUGGCCCUGGUAAAAAUUAAUUGGCCCCGGCCAUAGUUAAAUUGUGGAUUCAAGAAGGAGCCAUAGUUAAUUGGCUCCAAAUUAAA